AGCCAUUUACCUCUGUUCAGGACUUUUUCUUGAGUAAAAGUGACUGAGAGCUGUUGGAAGAAACAGGACUACUAAUAAGCUUGUUCAGAUACAGAGGGAAUCACCACUCCACAGGUUGCUACAAUCAUUCACCACGUGCAUGACCAGGAACAUCUCAGUACUUGGAACAUCCUGCGAGCUCCAGCACCAACAAAUUGAAUGCUGGUACCCAACAGCUGACUUCCUCGUUUGAAGGCUGAAUGUUGAAAAGAAAAACUGAAUGGUCUGGAGGACUAAAUGAAAAAACACAGCUCUGCACUUCUCACAAAGUGGUCUUGAUUUACAGAUCUGGCAGAAAUUAUGUUUACAGAAGGAAUCCAGACAGUAUUGUUUUGUGUCUUGGGUACUCUACCAGUAAAGUGUCGGUUGUAAAUAUAAAGAAUGUGACAUCCAGCUAUUAGAGAGGACAGGAGAAUGCUCUUAAUGAUAGCUUAAUGGCAGAGGCAUCAAUUACAUGCCCAGAUGCUUGGUUUUCAGGCUCUCAUUCUUCAGCGUUGAUUUAUGCAGCUUUGCAGAGUAGUUCAGAGAGGAGCUGUGAAUAAAAGAUAAUAAAGAAUUAUUUUAGUAAUCCUCAAGAUGAACACCACCUAAAUUCCCCCUUACAGCAUCACUUGCACUGCCAUCCACCACAGUCAGGUCUGGAUGGUUAUGCUACCGUUUUGCUUUAAUCAUGUCUUUGAUGUGAGGGAAAAUCUGUCUCGGCAGUGCCUCAUCUGCUGAGUUAGCUGAAGUUUCCAACAAGUUCAUAUUUCUUCACUGCUGGACUCCAGUAUGAAAAGUUUCAUUUCAGCAAAGAAGUCAGCAUUGUCCCAGCAAGGUUACAGUGGAGAGUGAGAAGUGAAACCGGAGCAGAGGAUGACUCAGUACAACCAUUCAGCAGAGCUCUCUCUGCAGAGCUCAGCGAACAGGUCACUGAAUUUUACUGACCCCCCACUGGCUCUGGACGAUGGAGCGCUGCUAGGGACGAAGAUUUCGCUCUCAGUCCUUCUGUCCAUUAUAACUUUGGCAACCAUCCUUGCAAACGUUUUUGUGGUCAUUACAAUUUUUCUGACUAGAAAGCUCCACACGCCUGCAAAUUACCUCAUUGGCUCCUUGGCAGUGACUGAUCUCUUGGUGUCUGUCCUGGUGAUGCCCAUCAGCAUUGCUUACACGGUCACCCACACGUGGGCCUUCGGCCAAGUGCUGUGUGAUAUCUGGUUAUCAUCAGACAUCACGUGCUGCACAGCCUCCAUCCUGCACCUCUGUGUCAUUGCUCUGGACAGGUACUGGGCUAUCACGGACGCUCUGGAAUACGCCAAACGCCGGACCGCUGGCCGAGCCGCGCUCAUGAUUGCCGUGGUGUGGAUGAUCUCCAUCAGCAUUUCUGUGCCACCCUUCUUCUGGAGGCAAGUGAAAGCUCAUGAAGAAAUUGCAAAGUGUACUGUGAACACAGAGCAAAUUUCCUACACAAUUUAUUCCACCUGUGGAGCUUUCUACAUCCCAACCGUGCUCCUCCUGAUACUGUACGGCAGAAUUUAUGCAGCAGCUCGCUCCAGGAUUCUGAGGCCACCCUCAUUGUAUGGAAAACGUUUUACUACGGCACACCUCAUCACCGGCUCCGCUGGCUCUUCCCUCUGCUCCAUUAACGCCAGCCUUCACGAAGGGCAUUCCCACUCAGGUGGAUCCCCAGUAUUUAUCAACCAUGUUAAAAUAAAACUUGCAGAUAGUGUCCUGGAAAGGAAAAGAAUUUCUGCUGCAAGGGAGAGGAAAGCCACCAAAACUCUAGGCAUUAUCCUGGGAGCUUUCAUUUUCUGCUGGCUGCCCUUUUUUGUCAUGUCCCUAGUCCUACCAAUCUGCCAGGAUGCUUGUUGGUUUCAUCCCAUCCUACUGGACUUUUUUACAUGGUUAGGUUACUUAAACUCAUUGAUCAAUCCAGUCAUUUAUACAGCUUUCAAUGAAGAAUUUAAGCAGGCUUUCCAUAAACUAAUACAUCUCAAAAAGUGUUCAUCUUGAGCCUUUCCUGGUGUGUUACUGCCCCUUCUGCAGCCUUGCAGCCUACCUGGAAACCUGUGCUUUUAUUCCCAAGGUAUGGAGCAGUAACUGGCAUCCCUGCUGCUACCCUGUGCUGUGCAUGGAGCGGGGAACUUACUGCCAGUUUGGUACUCUCUGACUGGAAUUCUAGAUCCCAUAACUGAACCUGUCUGUGGUCUCUGCAGUGAUCAUUUGUGUGUGUGAGAUCAACACAUGAAUUAAGCUCUCUAACAAGGGAAGGGAUGUGAACCCGGGAGCUGAGUUUGUAUGAGGUGGUGCAGAUUACUCAAUCCUGACAUAGCUUUGUAAGCUGACAGCAUGAAGGUGUGUGCCUGUUUGCAGGGGGCCAGCAUCUCUGCUGUAUGUUCUUAACCAUUUCUGUAGGCUGGGAGAGUUUCUGGAGAACAAGAUCUGAUGUCCACAUUUGCUAUGGCAUGUAUCUUAUCCUUUGGAAGUUGAUAAAACCUGGGACUUUCUCAGACGUGGUGUAACACAGCUGACAGAAGGCACAGCAUGCAUGGAAGGUCUGUGGAUAUUUUACAAACACUGCACUUGAAGCCAUGCUUUUGGUGAACUGUAGAAAGAAGAGAAUUUGAAACCAUAUUUUACACAUUUCAUCCUGAAUAGCCGGUGCAGAAACACUACAAAAUAAAUA